UUAAAAACAUUUUUUGUUGCUUUUCUGAAGUUCAAAUUUAACUACGCAUCCUGUAUUUUAUCGGGCAGCCUUACCCAGGAGAAAAAAUUGUUAGUUUUUCACGUUCUAAAUCCAACGACUAUUCCUCGAUAAAGUCUUAAGUAAUUUUUUGGGGCAGUUUGUUUUCCUCUUCUCUACUUUUACAUCCCAAUCUACUCUAUCCAUUAUAGUAUUAUCUUACUCUGCUUGUAGGUGCUUGAUUUUUCCCGUUCAGAUCCUUAACCUCCUAUGGGGGGAACUGCCUGAUGUUCAUUUCAGAAUUCCCAAUCAUGGAGAAGUUAAAUGAUUGAAAAGGUUAUUGAGUAAACAGUUACUGAGAGUCACUGGGUAUAAAGUAUGAAGUGGAACUAACAUUUGUGAAUGGUCCUUUUCCUUUUGCAAGCUGAAUGUAGGCAAGCUGAAUGUAGUGCUGAUAGUGCUCAUUAAGGCCCUAUUAAAAAUGGUUGGGCAUUGUUUUUGGCCACAGGGAGAAUCACAUUCUUUUGAUAACUAUAUGACAUAAAUAACUGCUGUCAUUCUAGUUACCAUCACCUUUCUGAGAUAGCAAGUCCUAGAGUUAGUUGGGGUUUCACUCGUGUUCCUAUAGCAACAGUAGAUCCUUUAAGCCUCGAGAGGGACAGGAAGUGCAGUUUGCCUUUCCGGCUUGCGUCCGUGACGUUUACGCCCCGGAAGUUGACGCUACGCCGUUGCACAUGGCCGCGCCCUGUAAGGAUGCCGCUGGUGGUGUUUUGCGGGCUGCCGUACAGUGGCAAAAGCCGGCGCGUGGAGGAGCUCCGUGGGGCUCUGGCGGCCGAGGGCCGCGCGGUGUACGUGGUGGAUGACGCGGCGGUGCUGGGCACGGAGGACGCGACCGUGUACGGCGAUUCGGCCCGUGAGAAGGCGUUGCGCGGCGCUCUGCGAGCUGCGGUGGAGCGGCGCCUGAGUCGCCACGAUGUGGUCAUCCUCGACUCGCUUAACUACAUCAAGGGAUUCCGCUACGAGCUUUACUGCCUCGCGCGGGCGGCGCGCACCCCGCUCUGCUUGGUAUAUUGCGUGCGGCCCGGCGGUGUGAGCGGGGGACCUCAGGUGGCGGAUGCGACAGACAACCAAGGCCAGAACGACAGAGUGAGUUGGAGGCCGCGCACUGAGGAAAGAGGGAGACCUCUGGCGGCUGGCAGCAGUGCCCUCAGGGAACCCCAAACAGUGGACUUUGUAGUUAGUGGAAGAACCCAGGUCAGUGUACCUAAGGAACUGGAGCAGGAGAAUACCAAGGCGCCAGAUCUUCCAGCUCGUGGGACUCCAGACUUCGAUAAAGAUGCAAAGGGUGAUUCAAGUGCCGUAUAUCCUCCUGAACUUAUGGAGGCCCUAACACUGCGCUUUGAGGCUCCUGACUCUCGUAACCGCUGGGACCGGCCCCUCUUCACGUUGGUGGGCUUAGAGGAGCCGUUGCCCCUGGCAGAGAUACGAGCUGCCUUGUUUGAGAACCAGGCUCCCCCACCCCAUCAGUCUACACAGUCCCAGCCCCUUGCCUCUGGCAGCUUUCUGCACCAGUUGGAUCAGAUUACGAGCCAGGUGUUGGCGGGAUUGAUGGAAGCCCAGAAGGGCGCGGUUCCUGGAGACUUGCUUAAGCUUCCUGGAACCACUGAGCACCUGCAGUUUACCCGGGCUUUGACCAUGGCAGAACUGAGUCGCCUCCGUCGCCAGUUUAUUUCCUACACCAAAAUGCAUCCCAACAAUGAGAACCUGCCUCAGCUGGCCAACAUGUUUCUGCAGUAUCUGAACCAGAGUCUGCACUAACCAAGGCUCCUGCUAUAACCUCCCCUGCUCUCUGUUUUGCUUGAUGGAGUAAUCUUACAGUCUGCAGAACAUGUUGGUGUGUGGCACUAGAGCUGUUGUGACUGAUUUACUUUCCUCUGUGCCAGGCCUUGAGUUUACAGCAUAAGUUGAGACUAGAAAAAAAAUGGAGAACUGGCUUGGAGAUUCGUGGCAAGUUUCUCCAGGGGACAGAGUUCAGGUGGACACGGUUUGUUUAGAUUGGGUUCUACUUGGGGUAUCACACACUGAUGAUUUCCCCCAUCUGAAUUGUGAGAGAGCAGACUGGUUGGAUGAAUUGUUUUAAAACAGUUCGAACAAGAACUGAAGAUGGCCCUGUUCAUCUGCACUCACUUUGUUCAUACCACAAAUAAGUUUUUGAGUACUGUGCCUACUUUUUGUUAGUCUAUUCUGGGGUCAGGGGUCACAAAUAAAUCCACUGGUUUUUGUUCUUGGGAAACUUUGGUUUUAGUGGAAGUGAAAGAUUUAACUAUUGGAUUAUUUCAUCUAAUAAAAUCUUUUAGAAGAA